GUUGAAUUAAGACCCCAAUAAAAUGUUGCACGAGUUGCUCUGUUCGGUCUUUCACGAGACAUGUCUUACUAGGUUAGCGAAUAUGGGCCCUGACUGCAGGCUUGUGGAAAAUGGCUUUACAGAAUUUACUGAAGAUGGUACGUAACAUCAGGAGGAUUUUUCUAGUGAAAACCUGUUGAUUUGGAGGAUGGUGUUUCCUGGCGUUCACAGAAGCAGGAGUCAGUGCUAAGAUUUUCAGGAUGGAAUAGUACACUGACCAGAAAAGCUUCCCAGGUUGCAGUUGGAAGAUGGUGGAAGGAGGUCAUGCUAGACACCAGACAUUUCUGCCUCUCAGAUGCAGCUUAUCUAAUCAUGAUUUCUGAUUAUGCUGAAUUGGGCCAUCGAGGAAAAUAAAGUGUUUGAUUUUGUUGAUUGAGAUUUGCUGAUGCUUUCUCCCUCCCCCCCCCCCCUUUUUUUUUUUUUCUUGGGGUUCAUCAGUGCAGUAGUUUGUUUAUAAAUGUGUUGUGAUGGUAUAUCAAGUACUGUGGACUGGUAUUUACAGAAAUACUUUAUCCUUUGACAGGAGGUCUCAAUUACAAAACCUAACUGCUGCCAAAAUAGUAUACUUUUAUGAUUUGUGUUAGUGUCAGUUUAUGGUGGUGCAUUUUAAUAUCUGCUUUCAAUAAAUUGCUCGCUUGCAUUAUUUUUAGACAUGGUAAUUGGAUAAGGCUUAUGGAGAAUUUGGAAUUUUGAACAAUUUUUAAACCGUAUUAAAAGGAGGGUAUGUAGGAAGCUGAAUGUGCGUAUGCCUAUCUUUAAAAAAAAAAAAAAAAAACACGUGACAUUAGAUCGCUUGUCAUCUUCACGGAACAUUAUUGAAUAUUGUACAUUCAAACAGCUGUAUUAAACACGCAAUGCAGCCAAAGGUACGUGCCAUCCACGGGACUUUUGAUACGAAAAUCGUGAUUUAAGUCUUGGACAUGUCUGUCUUCGCGGUGUUUCACCAGUAGCUUCAUAACCACGUACUGCCCCGAAACAAUGGCAACAUCAGCUUCCUAACAGUUGUCGGGGUUACUAAAUGUCUCUUUAAAAUAGGCAGACCAUCUAAAAUUUGCAUUCGUCAUGGCGCAAAUUGGCUAACAACGCCACCAGGUGAAUAUUAAUAUAAAUUGUCUAAGAGGUUCGCACUAUAUCACCACGACGUUGAUGUGUUUUGGGUAAGCGGCUGCUUCAGUAGCUGUGAUGGCGAUGUAGUUAAAACGAAUCUGCAUCAGUGGCUGUGAUGGCGGUGUAGUUAAAUGUCGAUAUUUAUUGCGUUAGGUCCAAGUGUGAGGCUGGUAUCGUUUCUAAAAACUUUGGUAGCCAAGAUAAUGUUUAGUGAGCAACGCCAGAUUUCUGCCGAAGACAAUACGAUGUUGCUGGAAUCUAGUCGGCUAAGCUAGCUAGCUAAGACAUUACCAUUGCCGAUAUUGAUGCAUUCGUUUCAAAUAUUUAUACCGUUGACUAGUAUAAUAGUCACUUUGAGUGUUUAACAUUUUUGGAUAACCGAACUGGGGAUCUGCCAGUAACUAGUACUAGAAACAUUGGCCCCUGAUCGCAUGUAAGUCGAUGUUAGCUCGCUAGAUAGUUAACCUAGCUGUUACCACGGACCCAAGUGCUCAAAAACAGGAAAAUGUUCAAGGAAGUUGGCUAUCUUUUUUGUUUUGUUUACUACGCUAGCUAACUAAAUACACUGAAUUUGUAGUUAGCUCGUUAGCGCUUGGUGAUAUUUGCUAAUACACGAAAUGUAGACGUGGUAAAGGCUGGUUUUUUUUCAUAAGUUUAUUGGUGAGUGUAUCGGCUAGGUGUGCCCUUAAUUCUUUAAAUUGUUUAGGUAAACUGGUUCAUUUAGACGACAAACCACCUCAACAGGUGUGGUCUACGGUACUUCUUAUGUAACAUCAGAAUAUGUGAAAGAUGACAUUUGCAAGUGGCUAGGUUGGAUUGUUUGUUGUCCGUCCUAUCAAGAGUUUGAAAUAUGUCUUGGGAUAUUACUGAAAUUAUCUGAUUUACCUUAGUAUUUAAUAUAUGUUAAUUAGCUUACAUUUAUCGUAUGGUCAGUUUUAAUUUGGAGAAACGUUUCGCAUAUUUAUCAGGAUAAAGUAACCGAAAGACAUGACUGCUGUUGUAGGACGUGUUUGGGCAUGGAUGAGCCCAAGCAACAUGUAUCGCCCUUGGGGCAAUAAACGAAAACUAGAAACGACGUUUACAAGCGAAGGUCGCGUAGAAAGCAGGUGGGGUUUCGGGAGAGUAACUUCUUGGAUUUGGGGUGGGCAGGGAAAUCAAUGUGACCCAAAGACACAGGCAGAGGAAUACUGGGAAGCGGAGGAGGAAACGCACAAGCCCUUAGAAAUAGAAGAACUGACUGCAGCUGAGUCAGAAACAGCAGGCUCACAGAGCACCCCACGCUGGUGGAGUCGGGUGCUUCCUUCUUCCUUCUUUAGGCUGAGCUCAACCAACAGCAGCGGACUUGGGCAAAGGAAAUUUGCAGUCUGGAAUGAGGCACCAUGGGACUCUGACUCCAAAGAUGGAGAGCUUUCCGACUACGGCACCCCGCCCCCAUCUCCCACACCCCUUUCACAGAGGUCAUCGCUGAUCCAGGUUUUGGCUCACACAUGGACUGGAGAUAUCCUUCCAGAACACUACGAGAUAUGCUUCAAUUUCCUUCGCCACCUCUUUGACCUGUUUGUUGUUGGAUUCCUUUGGAUGGUCUCCCCCCCUACCAAGUUCAUCCUUGAUAUCCUUGGUGUACACGGUGCUCUGAAACUGUGGCUCCAUGGCAUGGCCAUGUUUUUUGUAUCCUCGGUGGGGAUGGCUGGACUGCUCUGGUUGGUCCAGGAGUACCUACCCCAGUUUGCUCUGGUUUAUGGCAUCAUUCAAGCCUUGGUUAUCUCCGUCAGUGUGCAGCAGAGUGUGAUCUUGGGAACAGGGGCUAAUGAGGUGCAAGAUGGAAAGGUGGAAGAGGAGGAAGACGCAGGGCAACAGAGUGAUACGACUGAUAGCACCAACAAAGGAGUGGAUGUGCACUGAGAAGUCAUCUUCAGGUUGUUACUAAUAUGGGGAGGCCUAUGUCUUUGUGGUGUAGCCACAUACUGACCACUUCAUCACAGUUAGAUCAGUGACUGAGCCAAACACUGCAUAAGGCUGUAUGACACAAAUUCCUGAAGACAACAUUCAUCAGUUUCUUUUACAUAGUCACUACAGAAGAGGCCUGAUCUCAAAGGAAACUCUGCCUUUUGCUACAAUAGGAUUUUAUGAUGAUGUAUUUAUAUUUUGAACCCGAGUUGGUGGAAUUUCAGAAGGUUGCAUUGUAAGUAAGAGUCGAGUGUAACCUGCAUAACAUGCACUGAAAAGGCACUCUCUGACCUAUCUAGCUGUGUGGCCCUCACUCUCGGUGCACUAGGUGAGCUUAAGAAGGGAACGAUAGUUAAAGUGUGAAUACAGAAAGGUAAACCCAGUGGCUUUAAAGGUCCUGUCACCACCAGCGAAUUACCUUGAGAUAUGCUUUUUAAUGCAGCAUUGCCUGAUGUAAACAUUUGCCAGACUUCUCAUAUAGUAUUUGUACUGCCUUACACAUUUAACACAUUUGUAUCAUUUCUUCAUAUUAAUGAUAUUCUGUGUACUUUAUAUCAGUCUUUACAAAAUAAAUGCAUAGACAUGGAUUCUUCCUUUAAAGGGGUACUUGGGAAUAUUUGAGAUCCUUAAGCCUAAUUAAGAAAGUGAACUUGAAGGGCUGCAAUUGCUCCCAUGGUACAAUACAGCCAGGCCUUGAGCACCAUGUUGUACCAUAUCAUUAACUCAUUAUUGUUAUUUAUCUGCCAAAGGUUUAUAAGUGUGCACAUGCUAUACUUCCCAUUUAAUAGUUGCAUUUCUUUCUUGUUUUAAUAGAUGGGCAUCAUUAGGGUUUGUGUGUUUUUGUGAUGCGAUUAACUCAAUUUUGUUUUCAGUUCAUUUGUUUAUUUAAUCUCACAAGACUGUGUUAAAUCUACUACCUUACUGAAUUUAAUACCUGAUUGAAUUUUGUGCUUGUACUAUAUUAACAUUUAGCUAAUUAGUUUGUUAACAUUACGUUUUAUAUCACUACACGAUCAUUGGCAGAUGCACGCCAUAAUGACACAAAUGUGUCUUUCCUAUUUAUUACCUGAGGGUCCACCACAGGUAUAUUAUUGCAUGAUUAUUGGAAUUAAAUCAUAAUUCCAAUUACAGUGAAGUGCUUUUUGAAGUUUUGUUGUUGUGCAUAUCACUUAUAGCAUUGUUUAUUAAUAUCUUAAAAGCUUUUACUAGGUAAAUAAAAAAAAAUCUGUUAAUGCCAAAAUAGCUUGGUUAAUGCCCUUUUAAGAUUUUUCCUUAAUGUCUGUCACAUUAAAGUGCAGGAUCACUGUUAAAAAGGAGACAACAGGGUGUACAGCAGUAAAAAGUGGUACAUUUUUGGUCUAAGCAAAAUAAUAUUGAGUACAUGUGAUGUGAAAUAAGCCUUUAAACUGUUUGAACAGAGGAAUGCCAAGUUCUUAAAUAAUCACUGUUCACCACUUUGAGCCUGAAAUAGUUGCUAUGGCUGUAAUAAAUCUGUCUCAACCACAUA